GUCUCCGUUGUAUUGCUUUUUGAGAGAGUGCAGGCGAGUAUCAGACUAUCAGGUUGUGUUCGCCCUAUCGCAGUCACGAACGAAAAGAGCUUGUAAAUAAUAACAAUAACCGAAACGGACUACUAAAAGUAUAAAUCUGGAGUACCUAACACAAACAGAUUCAUCCUAGACUAAAGUAGCUGAUAUAACACACAACUAGCAAUCAUGACUACCUCUCAGGAAAUUGCAGACAACCACAGCCGUAAGGUAGCCCUAAUCACCGGUGUCACCGGUCAGGAUGGAUCCUAUCUCUGCGAGCUGCUUCUGUCAAAGGGAUACGAAGUACAUGGUAUUAAACGUCGUGCCUCUUCCUUCAAUCAGUCGAGAAUUGAGCACUUGUUCCACAAUAACGAGUACGCAGAUAAGUUCUUCCUACACUACGGAGAUAUGCUUGACUUUGGAGAUCUUCUGAGAUUGCUAUCCACUGUCCGCCCCACUGAGCUAUACAACUUGGCUGCUCAGUCCCACGUACAGGUCUCCUUCGACAUGCCCUCAUACACUGGACAAGUCGCCGGUCUAUCCGUAAUGUCUCUUCUGGAGGCUGUGCGCUCUGCUGGUCUUACCCACACAUGCCGCAUCUACCAGGCGUCCACCUCUGAGCUGUACGGAAAGGUUCAGGCUGUUCCUCAGUCAGAGACCACUCCCUUCUACCCUCGUUCCCCUUACGCCGUCGCCAAGCUGUACGCGUACUGGGCUAUUGUAAACUACCGCGAGGCUUACGGUAUGUUUGCCUGCAACGGUAUCCUGUUCAACCACGAGUCUCCCCGUCGUGGAGAGACCUUCGUCACGCGCAAGAUUACCCGCGCCGUGGCCCAGAUCAAGUACGGCAAACAGGACUGCCUAUACCUAGGGAACAUGGACGCCAAGCGUGAUUGGGGUCACGCCCGUGACUACGUAGAGGCUAUGUGGAGGAUUCUACAGGCCGACGUUGCCGACGACUUUGUCUGUGCCACCGGUGAGACCACCAAGGUGCGUGACUUCUGCACCUUCGCGUUCCAGCGUGCAGGUAUCGAGGUUGAGUACGAGGGUACUGGAGUUGACGAGGUGGGCCGCAACAAGGCCACCGGCGAGAUUGUGGUGCGCGUAUCGGAGAAGUACUUCCGACCCACAGAGGUUGAUCUGCUUCUGGGAGACCCCACCAAGAUCGAGAAGACACUUGGCUGGACGCGCACAGUAUCCUUCCAGGAACUCGUAAACGAUAUGGUUGACGCCGAUUUGGCCCUUUUCUCGCCCAAGGCUUAAGUUCUGAGAUCAGGAAAUUUAUACCUAGUGAUAUAUAGGACCGGAGAUGACUUUCAACAAGCGACAUCUCCAACAUUGAAUGGAGCGAGGGCACAUAAGGAUGUGCAUUGCAUGCUUUGUGGGCAAGCUGCAUUUAUGAACUCGUGCCCACUCCCAAGUUAAUAGAAUAAAAGAAUAUAUAUUUUAUACGUGCG